AUGGAAACAAGAGCUAAAUCAAAAAACUGCUUUGUUAUCAAAACUAACUUUACUUAAUAAUUCUAGUCUAAUCCCUCUCCAAAAUAACGUAGCCAAAGAUAUUUUACUAAAGUACCCAUAAAAAGGGAUCAAAAGUAAGGACUCUUAAAAUUACUAUCACUUAAUGAAAUACAAUCAAACUUAGAAAUGUAUUUUAGAAUGUUAUUUAUUUAUUAGAUAAAAAAGAAGUCGAAGUUCUGAAUCUACAUAUGAAGGAAUAUUAAAUAAGAGAUGUUAAUUUAUAUUUUUAACUUUUACUCAUUAAAAAACAAAAUACUAUAGACAUUAGUUUUGUAUUAAAAUGUGGAGAAAAUUGAUCCUUUGUGUUUAAGCCAUUCUUUUUAUGUUCAAAGUGGCAUUAGUUGAAUAUAAGAUAAGAAGUAGUUCACCACCAAAAAUGUCAAUUUGUCAUUAAUUGAUACAUCACCAUCCCUAUCCUGAAAGUCCUUCAAACAGAAAAAGAAAGAAGAGUUCAAGUGUAGAAACCAAAAAUAGAAAUUAUAGUUUUGGUGAAAAGAUUCAAACCUUGAUUCUUCUAUAAAAAUUGAAGUCUGAUGCUUAAAAAAAUAGUACUUAUCUAAGACAGAUGAAAAACUAAGAUAUAAGAUUAACUCGCUUGAUAAGUUAAAAAGCAGCCAGCACUCACUCUCUACAUAUCAAUUCUCUCCAUACAACAAUUGACAAUUCCAAGUAGUUACCUGCAAUUAAUAAAUUGGAGUAUUUUGAAAGGCCCUUCAUAAUUUCAUCUUAAUCAAAAAAAUUUUCUCUAAAAAUAAAGAAAAUACAUUGA